AUGGUCCGAAGCAUGAUCUCGUGUGAGCGGUGCAGACAACGAAAGGCAAAGUGUGACCGCCAAUUACCAGGUUGUGAACGAUGUGAGCGUGCACAGGUCGAUUGCGAGUAUGCAGGGCGACGGAAGCCGGGGUUUCCAGCUGGUCACCGCCAACAGCUUGAAGACAAGAUUCAGAGACUAGAAGCCGAAUCGCGAGCCUUUCGAGGUACCUCGGGAAGUAGCGAGACCACUGUACCACCAGUCCACCAUGAUCAAUCUCCCUCAUCCUCAACCCUCCCCGCGCAACAGGCUGCCUCUCCAACGUUUGAGCGUACUCGCAGAGUCAAAGAACGUCAUCCCCCGACUGACCUCGUCGCCUCUGUGUCGUCCCUAUACUUCCGGCACAUCCAUCCAUGGUUUCCAUUCUUGGACGUGCAACGCGUCUUCGCCGACUUGGGCUCUACAGAUGAGCCCUCGAUGCUCCACCAUGCUCUCUUCGGAGUCGCGCUACCCUACUCAUUCGACUCCCGCCUCGACCAAAUCUCUAGCGACUCGUUCUGGAAAUACUCGAAGCGCAGAAUUUUCGUCGACGUUCUCGAAGAGCCGUCUUACAGCUCGUUGGAAGCGUUGACUGUUCUUAUCCUGGAUCUUUCGAGCAUGACACAUAGUGCUCAGGUCUCGGGUCCUCUCGCUGUCGCUACAAGACUGGCGCUUCAGCUAGCGAAUACAGAUGGUCUGACGUUCAGAACGUCAGCAGAGGGCGAGGCGCACGGGGCCUUGAGCAACAGGGAUGUAGUCUUUCGACAGCGGUUGUUCUGGGCCAUCUACGCUCUUGAUUCCUGGAUCUGCAUCACCACCAAUUGUGUCUCGACUUUCAGUAACCUUCAGGUCCAACACCUUCUACCGACUCGGGACGCAGUGUGGAAAGACAGUCUGCCCGAACUCGGCGAGGUAGAUUUAUCUCCUGCACUUAUCUUUAGCUAUCAGCUCGGACUCCUGGACUUGGCUCGAUUAGCUCACAGGACCGUGAUGGAGGGUGGUGAUCUCUGCAACAGCUAUCAGACCGCAUCCUCCUUGCAACAAGAGGUCCAGGCAAUAUCUUCAAAGCUUGAUGUCUGGAUUGAUUCUUUUCCCCCUCAACUGGCUUGGAAUGACCGAGACGCUUCUUUGACUCGCAUACAGAGAGCUAACAGGCCAGCAGUCUUGAUGCUGCAUGGCUACUUCCACGCGGUAAUGAUAUACCUGCAUGGCUUCCUAGCAGUACCAGCAAAGGGGCUCGCUGCCCCCGAAAUUAAUGCUGAGACCCGUCAGGGAUCCGAGAACCGCUGUCUUCGUAGCUCUACAGCACUAGCUGAGAUCGUCACCCAGGCCGCUGUGCAUGUGAUUGAUAAGCUCGGGUGGCCCUUCGCAUGGUCUGUCUGGGUUGCUGCUCGCUUCUUGAUCUCACGAAAGUAUAUCAUGGGCUCUAGCGAUCCAGAAACAAGUGCAAAAAUUUCUGUCUUUUCAGACCUCCUUGGUCGAAUGAGCCGCUUUUCUCAAAUCGGUUCCACUUAUGCUCGGCUUCUCGGUCAAGCCCUUUCCGAGCUCGAGACAUACGAGGCUGGGCGUCAGAGCACUAUUCUCCACCUCAUCUCCGAUUGGCGAGUCACCACUGCUCGUCUAGAGGACCAUCUUCGGCCAGAUCCCAUGCUACAUGCUGUUGUGACUCCAAAUCUGGCGGACGACAACCCCAACGAUGCAAACAUGCAGCCAUUCAACACUUUGCUUCCCGUUUUUCAGGAUGAAGCUUGGAUGGAUAUUUCACAAAGUAGCCCGGAUAGUUGGUUUCGUGGUCCUUUGUUUGCCUCAUCCGCAUAUCAAAGUCUUAAUGAUCUUCGACAGGAGUGA